AUGAUUUUAUCGUCUACUCGUCCACCUGUAGUCAAAAUCGAUGGAUGUAGUCGAUCUUUAAUUAUUUUCGCUAGUUUUUUCACGAUCGCUGCUUUAGCAUUGUCCAUCGUUGGUAUAUUAACACCUUCAUGGCACAGCGUUCAAUAUUCGUCUACGAAUUUAACAAACUUCAACCUCUUUACGAUAUGUACACGUAACGGAGUGAAUGCAACACCAACAUGUGCCGAUAUUCCUCGACAGAGUGAUUUCGGUAUUGGUACAUUACAUGCCGCAGCAUUCUUAAUUGUUGCUAUCUGUCUACUUGGUUGUGCUAUGUUUGUAAUAUUAGCAAUGAAUAUUGCACGAUUUGCGGGCAUAUUUGUAUUUAUUGCCCCAUUCCUACUCUUUCUUGCGGCGUUAUUUAUGGUUGCAUUAUUUGCUGAGUUAUCAAGAGUAACUAUGUACAAUGGUUAUAGUGCGAUUCUUGUUCAAACUAGUCUUGUGGCAACCGUAUUCUCAGUGGGUUUGAUCGGUUUUGCUGGCGGACGAUUGCAUAUUCGUUUAUAUGAACGAUUUUAA